AACUCCCUAUAUAAGUAGCAGCUACUUUUCUUGGCUAAGCCAUUAUUUGUACAAGUGAUCCCAAUUCUAAUUCCUCAAUCUUUCUUUCUCCACAGAAAUCUCAAUAUUUCUUCUUUUUCUGCUGCUUUGCUUUAACAAAAGAAAAUGGCCAACAUUGGCAUUUUAGCAUUGUGUUUCAUAUUUGGAUUUUGUAACCUUUUUUUCAAUGCAAAUGGUUUCUCUGCUUCUGGAUGGCAGAGUGCUCAUGCCACUUUUUAUGGUGGAUCUGAUGCUUCUGGCACAAUGGGGGGUGCUUGUGGAUAUGGAAAUUUGUAUUCAACAGGGUAUGGUACAAACACUGCUGCAUUGAGUACUGCAUUAUUCAACGAUGGAGGAUCCUGUGGUCAAUGUUACAAGAUUAUGUGUGAUUACAAUCAAGAUCCUAAAUGGUGCAGAAAAGGAACAUAUGUUACAAUUACAGCCACAAAUUUUUGUCCACCAAAUUAUGCACUUCCUAGCAACAAUGGUGGAUGGUGCAAUCCUCCUCGACCACAUUUUGACAUGGCUCAACCUGCUUGGGAAAACAUUGGCAUUUACAGAGGUGGCAUUGUUCCUGUCCUAUACCAAAGGAUUCCUUGCGUGAAAAAAGGUGGAGUUAGAUUUACAAUAAAUGGAAGGAACUAUUUCGAGCUAUUGAUGAUAAGCAAUGUAGGAGGGGCUGGAUCUGUACAAUCUGUUCAAAUUAAAGGCUCAAAAACAAACUGGAUGACAAUGUCUAGAAAUUGGGGGGCCAAUUGGCAAUCCAAUGCAUAUCUCAAUGGCCAACCUUUGUCUUUUAAAGUCACUACAACCGACGGUGUCACUAAAACAUUCUUAAAUGCUGUCCCUUCGAACUGGCAAUUUGGGCAAACAUAUUCAACCUCUAUUAAUUUCUAAUUUAAGAAAGUUUGAAAUUACAGGAUUUAAAUUUUGUGAGUUCAUACGUCAUAGGCAGCGGCGUGCUUACUGUUUUGCUGAAAGCAGCCCGCCCUCCCCAUCUUUUCCAGCUUUGAAAAUCGACUAAGCGUUGCGCCAAGCCUACUCCCCUUUUACAUUGAUGGUGAAUUUUUAAAUUUUUUUUAUUUAAUCAUCUAAUAUUCGGAACACACUGGCCAGAAUAAUGGCUGAUGUCCAAAGCUACUGAAAAGAUAAACCUAUUGAAAAUUAUUGUGUGUAUUUAUAUAUACUAGUUUGAAAUUUGCAUUUUUAUUGUGGUAUCAAAGGAUCAAUAAGACACUUUUGUCUUUGAUGCAAAUGUUGUAGUUGCAUCAAUCAUACUUUCUAAAUUAUUUGCUCUUUCUUUGUAAGCUUGUAAUAUGGUCAUUUUCAAUGUUGUAUUAUACAUAUCUUUGUUAUCUUGUA